GACCAUAGCCAAAGUCGUUAAGCAAUUAUAGAAUUGGAUUCGAUCGAAGAGUUCGGGGAGGACCGUGCCACACCGGUUUCGUUUUAUUUUAGCUUAGCUUUCGAAGGCAUCCGGUUGUGCAUUCUCACAUCGUGGAUCAUCGCUACGAUCAGAGUAUUAAAAGUCGAGAAAUAUCAUCAGUAAGGAAAACGUAAAGAGCCGCCCGUCAUCAUGGAGGCGAUCAAGAAGAAAAUUGCGGCACUGAAGAUGGAGAUGGAUGCCGCUAAUGAGAAAGUCGAAUUGAAUGAAAAUAAAGCGAAGCAAGAAAAUAUGCGUGCCGACAAAUUGAAUGACGAUUUGAGAGAUUUGCAGAAACGAUUGGUUCAACUCGAGAGGGAUUAUGAAAUAACGAAGACUCAGCUCGAACAAUCUACCGCCGAUUUGGAGCAAUGCGAAAAAUCUUGGUCUAGAGCUGAACAAGAUCGAACGUCGUUGACGAAAAAGGUUCAGGAAAUUGAGGCGACUCUCACUAAGAAAGAAGAAUUACGUCUUACCGCUCAGACGAAACUUGCACGUGCGACGGAACUCGCUGAUGAUGCUUCAAGAAUGUGCAAAGUGUUGGAGGAUAGGAGUCGACUCGACGAAGAACGUACGCAAAAGCUGAUGGCGGAAUUAAAAGAUGCGAGGCUGAUCGCCGAGGAUGCUGACGCGAAAUCGGAUGAAAUUGCGAGGAAAUUGCAAUUCGUUGAAGAGGAACUCGAAGGAGCGGAAGAAAGAGUGAAGACGAGCGAAGCAAAAAUCGUUGAACGAGAAGAUGAAUUAUUCAUCGUGCAGAAUAUUGUCAAGUCGUUGGAGGUAUCCGAGGAGAAGGCGAAUCAACGAGUGGAGGAAUUUAAAGUGCAGUUGAAGUCAUUGAAGAAGAAGUUAAAAGAAGCCGAGAAACGUGCUAUUCUUGCUGAAAGAACUGUCAAGUUACUAUUGAAAGAAGUAGAUACCAAAGAAGAUGAGCUCAGAGAGGAGAAGGAGAAAUACAAGGCUGUUUGCGACGACAUGGAUGCCACGUUCGCCGAGAUGACGGGUUAUUGAGAUCGUCUAGACGAAUUCAAUUUUACAUUAUUUUAUUACAUCUGCGCUUUUUCCGCUUAUUCGCUACAUCUAACACGGACGUUCUUUCAUUUAUGUCCGAUGUGCUUAUAUGCUGAUUCGUGUCAUUAUUUUAAUUUGUUAAGGAAUACUUAUAUGACUUUAAUAUAAUUUGCUUUGCGAGAAGCUUCGCGAUAAGUUAACCGACGUUAGGAGGUAUGCACGUUGCUAAUUCUUAAUCGUAGCCGCUUCGCUCUACGCAUAACACCCUGCCAAGAUCUAUGGGGUCAGUGAAUACUGGCUCACGGUCGCUUGAGAAAUUGAUGCUCUUCUUGAUAGAACUGAUACGUCGCCUCUUUUCUUUCAGAAGCAUCUACGUGGGCUAAUAUGGCGAAAUUGCGAUACGUGAAAAAAAAGCACGAUACUCUUCUUUCCCUUUUUAUUGUUGUAUGCAAUUCUGUAUUUUCAAUAAAUGCCUAUCACGAUAA